AUGAAUCGGGAUCCUGAUGGGCUUGAGCAGGUAAUAACUGGAGGGUUUUCUUGUUAUAGUAUAGUGCAAUAGUAGAGAAAAGGUUGUAAAGACAUAUAGUUUAUUUUUUGUUUAAAAUUUAAGACGAAACACAAGAAAAUUGAUAAGUUAAGUUAUGUUAUCUUUAGGUAAAUUUUUUGAUUGAACGUUUUGCCUUUGACUUUCAACCAUAUCGCAAGUUAGAUGAACGAUGGAGAUGGCAUGACAAAGAGCAUGUUGAACUUAAUGCUGUUAAUGGCUGGUUAAAUAAGUAUGAUAAAGUUGGGUAAGCCUAACUUCAGCACUUAUGUUUAAAGUUGUAAUACCCCAUUCAAUCGACGUUAACAGCACUUGUACACCUGUUUAUGACUUUAUUAUUCUAACUUUUGCUUAACUUACUACCCUAGGUUAACUGACUGUUUUAUAAAUUCCAGCUACUACGCCUGCUUCCUUCAACUAUCAAACUGUUCUAUUAGUGAACAAUGCCAAAGCUUACUAACAGAAAAAGGCCGUAUUUCCUCGAACGCCGUGAAGCAAUUGUUAUUGAUUGCUGGAGCGAAAGCGAAAAAUUGCGACAAAAAGUUGGAAAAAGUUUUAAAAUUUGCCCCACCUGGACCUAAAGUAACACCCAGUAAUUUAAAUGACCUUACUGCGGAGUUAUGUACGAAUUUGUUUGAUGAAACGUCAAGAAUUAGGAAGGAUAAGAAGAAGUUGGCAAGCUUGGAAAUUGGUGCUGUUGAGAGCUUGACUGAGCAGAGUAAGAGUAAUAUUAAAAUUUUAAAAACAGGCUAGGUUAAGCUUACUUUUGUAUAGGUUUGAUAUCUAGGCUAACUUUAAGAUGUCUGUGCUUAAAGUCUUAAGGUUUAGCCUACUAGGCCUAACCCUACUAACAAGCCUACCAAGGAAAAUCACUUAUAGCUUAAGUUCAAAGUUAUUAGGUUGUUCAACUAAUACUGUACCCCCUCUCUAAACAAAUGUUUGGGGUGAGGGGGCACCGAAUUACUUGAACAACCUAAUAGUUCAUGUAGGUACAUAGUUUUUGAGAACGAAGCAUGUAUUUUCUUUUUAAUUUCUCUGGACAUUCUGUAGUCACCACCAAACAUUAAAACCUUGUUUCAGUGUUUGUAUGCACAAUGUUUGGCUUCGUGGAAUUUGUUGAUAUCAACACAAUCGAACUGAUAUUAGCAUGGCAGCAUCCAAGAAAAGGUUGUUACACUAGCGCAAAGCCAGACCCAAUGCCUAAACACGGGAUUAUUGAGCCGUUUGAUCAGUUUGGUGAUGUUUUACACGAAAGCUCAAGGAAGCAAGGUUUGUUUUAAAGGUUUUUUUAUUGUGGGCAGGGUAGGCCAUAUUUAUUUAGAGGGUAGGGUUAAAAAAGUUGGCGCAGUUAACAAAAAUUUUAAAAAAACUUUUUUUGGGGGGGGGGGUGGGGUAUGUUUUAAAAUUUUCGAAACAGCUUUUUUCCAAACAAGUACAUUUUUAAAUUUCAAAUUUUAAGACGCCUGUAUUGACCAUCAAACAGCAGCCGCCGUAAACGCCCUAGCCAUGGUCUUAAAAACCUUGUUUGAUCCACCCCCAUGGCCUGAUCAACGUAUAAAUCUGGAUAACAUGCUACAACAGCACCUGCAUCAAAUUCCAUCUGAAGACCGAUUUCACACUUUCAAAUAUGUAAAUUGGGUCAGAGAUGCCAACCUACCGGACCAGUACCGACUGCCUCGACCACCGCCGAAUGCCUGGAGUCCUGAUUUGAUUGCGUUCGUCUGUCUUGGAUUUGCAUUGCUAGCUAUAUCAGUUUGUGCUCAUCAUAUAUUUAGUGCUAGGAAUCAUCCGGCUGGAAUUGGGCCGCCUCCCAAGAAUCUUAAACAGUAUUACGCGUAUGCUUAUAAGAAGUUGUAG